CAAUUCUUUUCCACCUCUUUAUAUUCAUCACAUAUAGCCUCCAUCUUCCUUCUCACUCUCUUGACAGGGUCUCUAGGGUUUCUGAUUUUCUUGUUCUCUCGCGAAAAUGGUUCUUCCCAACGAUAUUGAUUUGCUGAACCCUCCGGCGGAUAUUGAGAAGAGGAAGCACAAGCUCAAGCGUCUCGUGCAGUCUCCCAAUUCCUUCUUCAUGGAUGUCAAGUGCCAGGGUUGCUUCAACAUAACAACUGUGUUCAGCCACUCUCAAACCGUUGUUGUGUGUGGAAACUGCCAGACGGUGUUGUGCCAGCCCACAGGUGGGCGUGCUAGGCUUACAGAAGGGUGCUCUUUCAGGAGAAAGGGGGAUUAAUGAUGGUGCCAUAUGCUUUCCCUCUCUUGGUGAAUUGAAGUAGAUUUUGUUUGGGUUUGGUUUCAAGAAAGAAUAUGAGGCACUCAUCGUUUCAGUUUUGCUUAUGGUUUUUAUAUGUAAUUUCUUAGGACCAAAAGCUUAUGACUAUUUGAUGAUCCUAUCUAGUUUUCGUUUGAUGCAAUGAAAUUGGAUUUUGUUUGACAUUGUUGCUUAUAUAUAAUGUUUAAUUUUGUUUUUUA